AUGGCUAUUGACUGGGAAAAGUACAAGCGCAAACUUGAGUGCCCCAAAGACGAUGAGGCAAACUACGAUAAUACACAGUGGUGUAAUCGCGAUUUGAUUCCCAUCCCCCCUGAGCGUCAAACUUACGGACAGUGGUCCUAUGUCGGCUACUGGACCGUCUCUGGCUCUUGCGUGUCCGCCUGGACGACCGGCAGCACGCUGUUGGAGUUUGGCCUAAGCCCACAGCAGGCCAUCGGCUGUGUGAUCCUCGGCGCAGUACUGACUGGACUUUUGGCUGUCGCCUGUGGCUGGAUGGGAGCUCAUCAUCAUAUUGGCUUCACCGUAUCCAGCCGCUUCAGCUGGGGCAUGAGAGGAUCGUAUUUUCCUGUCAUUCUGAGAGUGUUUGUGUCAUGCAUUUGGUUCGGAAUCCAAGCCUUCUGGGGCGGACAAGCCACGAGAGUCUUGAUCGGUGCCAUCAUCCCAGCUUUCGCCAACAUGAAGAAUUAUUUUGCCGAGAGUUCGCAUCUAGAGACCAAGGAUUUCAUUGGUCUCAUCAUCUGGAUGUUUGUCUUUGUUCCAUUCGUCCUCGUCAAGCCAGAGAAACUGCAGAUCCCAUUCGUCAUCUGCUUCGUCUUGUUUUGCGGUACUUGCACUGGCCUACUUAUUUGGGCUGUGUCCCAGGCUGGGGGCUCUGGCAGCAUGUUCCACCAACCCGGCACCGCACCAAAUGUUGGCUGGGCGUUCCUCUUCGGUAUAACCUCAAUUCUUGGGGCCUGGGGUGCUGGAACUCUUGGGCAGUCUGACUGGACACGAUACGCCAGGACGCCGAAUGCUCCUAUCCUCUCCCAACUUGUUGCGUCCCCUCUAACUAUCACGGUGACGGCAAUCAUUGGAAUUGUUGUCACGAGUGCUGCCCGUGAGGUCAUGGGUGGGGACAUCGUUUGGAGCCCCAUCAUGCUCCUGGGUGAGAUCCAGAACUACUAUAACAACAGCUCUGGCGUUAGAGCCGCAGUUUUCUUCGCCAGCCUUGGCCUUGUCGCCUCACAGCUUUCGAUCUCGGUCGUGCUCAACUCGGUCUCCUGUGGAAUGGACAUGGCUGGUCUCUGGCCCAGGUAUAUUAACAUUCGACGUGGUGGAUAUAUCAUGGCCGUCAUUGGCAUCGCUGUUCAACCAUGGCAGCUUUUGACCACUGGUACAAAGUUCCUCCAGGUGCUAAGUGGUUUCGGUAUCUUUAUGGCUCCAGCGACAGGCAUUAUGCUUGCCGAUUACCUUGUUGUUCGGCGCCAGAAGCUCAAGCUGAACGAUCUUUACAUCGGGGACGCUUCGUCCAUUUACUGGUAUCAGGGUGGACUGAACUGGCGUGCCCCAGUGGUUUUCAUCAUGGCCAUGUGGCCCUUCAUUCCUGGAUUGGUGGGUACCGUCAAUGCAUAUGAUGGAUCACAGUACCAGAGCUGGAUCCGUCUGUAUAACCUCACAUUCUUGGUUGGCGUUUUCUGGAGUUUCGCAAUGUUCUGGGGUCUUAACAUUAUCUUCCCUGUAAAGGGCCUUGGUGAGGAGACACCCUUCGAAGGCGGUGACAUUGUCUUGGGAGUUGAAACUCCUGAUGGUGUCAGCGAGGAUGGGCAGGUAAAGGCUGAAGUCUAG